UUACUGUUUUGUGCGCAGCGAGAAAACGAGGGCUAUAAACAGGAAGUAGCUUGUGCGUCAUGAUCUGAAGCAAGACAGGUUUGAGGAUGGGUGACGAUAGUCUGGAAGAUAGGAGUGUAGAGGUUCUUGACAUCCCCGAUGAUGUGGAGGAUGACUUCCUGUGGCUGUACUUUGAAAGCAAGAGGUCUGGGGGAGGAAAUCUUAUUUCUUUGGACAGAAAUGGUGACAGAGCCUUACUAGUGUUUGAACAAAUUGAGGAUGUGAAAAGAGUCCUGUCUAAAGACUCCCACACCCUCAGUAACGCCAAACUGGCUGUGCGAAGGAAGCCCCCAAAGGAUCAUGGGAAGUUUGUGUUGCGGGGUCUGACUCGCAACACGAGCCUGGAGAUGGUGGAGCUCUACGUGGAGAACCUGACUGGAUUUGACUCAGAUAACUACACUCUGUAUCCAUCACCUGGAAAGGAUAUGAUUCUUAUACACCUCCAUGCACCUUUGACUGAGGAUUUUCAGAAGAUUUCCGACAAAGUUUGCAGAAGGACACUCGAUGGAGCAAAACUCACUCUUGAACAGGUUGACUGCCCAGAUUCCAUUUUGGUGGAGAAUCUCCCCUCUGCACUUGCAGACGACACAUUAGCGCUCUACUUUGGGACCAGCCGUGGGGGAGGUGCAGAGGUGACUAGCGUUAGUAAGCUGGCUGAGGGGCUUGCCAAGGUCUCUUUCAAAGAUAUACAAUCUGUGGAUUGUGUGCUCAAGAGGUCACACAGGCUUGAAGAAACAGACUUGAUAGUGAAACCGUACUUUCCUUUUUUGCACUUGGAGGCAGUCGAGUCAUCCACAAGUUUGCAAAAUGGAACAAAUGAGCCACAGCAUGAUCAGAGCCACUGGGAAGGGCACUCUGUCCCAGACCAGAGUGUGGCCGCCUCGGAUCUGGUGUCCAGUGCCCCAUCACAACCCUUCACCACGGCUACCGAACAGGCAGCUUCUACCCCAAAACCUGAACCCCUUUUCCCCUCAGUCACCUCACAACCCGAUCCCCAUUCCACCCCAGUCACCCCAGUAGGAUCCUUGACUACAGCAUCUCCUAACUCAAAAACUUCGGGGAGUAGUGAUGCUAAUAACACCAUGGAAGACACUGCACGCACAGUCCUCAAUAUAUGUGUGCCUGACCAAACCAAGCUUAAUCUGAUUGGUUUGAGUAACCUGGAUUCUCUGAGAAAGGCUCACCCUAGUUUUGAGAUUGUUCUCAUGCAGGACGGUGUCCGGAUCAAUGGGCCUGGCCACCUUGAAGCUGAGAAGCUCAAGAGCAAGCUCCUUGAGUUCCUCAGUGGCUUCUCACAGCAUCACGUGCCCUUGACUGGGCUGAAAGCCAAGUUCCUUGAGAAGGAGGCUGUUAAAAACAAGCUUCUGGCAUCACUUAAAGAUCAAGGUCUGCCAUGCACAUACACAGUGUCAGACAGCAUCUUAAUUGUAACUUCGCAUUCUCUCGACAUGGUUAACCAAGCCUGUGAGAGGAUAAAGUCCCUGGUUGUUGAGUUCAUACUGCCUGUGGAGCUGGAGUAUGAGUGUAUGCUAUACUGUCAGGAGUGGACCACCUUCCUGCAGUCCCUGAGCACUAGCUGUGCUGAAGUAACGGACGAGGAAGCUAAGAUCACCGUGGUAACCCUGAAAGGCAUGGAAGAAGAGGCAAAGGGCAGCAUCAUUCAGUUCCUCAGCACACCUGUUCAGAGAGAGGCUGUGCUGAGUCUGGAGCCAGCCAUGUUGAAAUACAUCCAGCUGCAACAUCAGCAGCUGCUGUCUGAUAUGGACCAGGUCAUCAUACUCCCACUGGAGACAGGAGACGGGUUUAGUAUCCAAGGAAAUCCAAGUGCAUGUCAGAUAGCGAUGGAGGUUUUAUCUGCUGUGGUUGCCUCAACCUACACAAAGACCAUUACUGUCAGCCAGCCUGGCAUUGCCCGGUUCCUGUUAGAACAGGAAGGUACAAGCAUCCUGGGAGAAAUGACGGCCAAGUUUCAGGUCUACAUUAGCCUGGACAAAGUGCAGUGGAAACCCCUGGAGAAUGAGGACAUCUUCGAGCUUGCCUGGAAAAUGCUGUCCUCUCAGAACUUCCUGAGGGGCUCCUCUGCUCAGCCCUUAAUGGUGGCCGACCUAAAAGCCAGUGACCCCACUGCUGCUGAGCAAUACGCCACAGCUUAUAUAGAAGAAGCCAAGAGGAUAUUGUCAGAUAUUGAUGGUGAUUGCACUUCCGAACCAUUCAAAACUUUAGAGGUGGCAGAGGAAAUAGACCUGUACACGGAUACCUCAGCUACAACGAAGCAGGAUGAAGACUGCCCACUCUCACCAGAGGAGCAGGCCUCGCUUUCACUGGCUAUUCAGAUGUCAAUGGACAGCAGUCAGAGUUUUGGCGCACAUGUAGAGGAAGAUUUACAGAAGGCUCUGGAACUUUCCAGAGGUGAAACCAUGCAAGCGGAUGAGGACCACCUCCUGGAGAAGGCUGUUGACAUGUCCCUGCAGGAGGCCAUCAAGAUGGCCAACUGUGCAGAGAUCCAGGUGUUUGCCAGCUACAACCACGACCUGGUUAGAGUGGACAUCGCUCUGGGGAAGAAGGUUGGAAUGAGGCAUUGUGAGGAAAAAGUGGAGCACAAGUGUCUGAGGAAGCUUUCAGCCUAUCACAAGAGAUGUGUAGACCUCAUUAAGAGAAAGCACGCCGUGGAGAUUCAAAUACAAGGAGCCACUGCCAUGGUGUCUGGCUUUAGGGACUAUGUGUCUGCAGCUUUGCCUGAGCUGAAGAACCUUUUGAAGAGAGCCACCAGUACAGGCUCAGAUGUUGAGAUCCUGAAGACCGUAGAGUGGGUGUGGCAUGAGCCAGGGUCAUCAGCAGCGGUGCCAUACCCUCCAGAGGUCACCGUGUACAUCGAGAAUGCAUGGAGGAUGAAACAGAAGAAGACUGACAUUGUGUUCAAUAAUCAGCCUUUUAUCAUUGACUUUGAGAAAAUGAAAGAGUAUAGUGUGUCGUCUGGCAGGUCAGUGUCCAUUGCAAGAAGACUCGUCAGCUCAGAAGACUCUCAAACUAAUUUGCAAGAUGAGGAUUACAGUCUGGUGUCAGACCUGCCAGACACCUUCAGAGUUGAUGAAGGUUCUGAUGAAUUUCAGGAUGUGGUGAAGGAAUUCUAUGAGACCAUUCAUGAAUACCACAACAAAAUCAAAAUCAUUAAGGUUGAGAAGCUUAUGAACAGACUCCUGUUUAACCAGUACAGGCUGAAAAAAGCCAGCAUGGAGCAGAGCACCACCUAUCCACAGGUGGAGCGCACCCUCUACCAUGGCACCAGCGAGACCAGUGUUAAGGAAAUAUGCAUUCAUGGCUUCAACAGGAGCUUCUGUGGUAAAAAUGCUACUGUAUAUGGCCAGGGAGUGUACUUCGCUGUAAGGUCUGCUCUUUCAGUGUCUGACACCUACUCCCCUCCCAAUGUAGAUGGAAACAAGUUUAUUUUUGUAGCCAAAGUCUUGACAGGAGACUUCACCAUGGGCAAGCAUGAAAUGAGAACUGCACCACUCAAGGAGGGUUCGGGGAUACCUGUCCGAUACCACAGUGUAGUGGACAAACCAGAAUCCCCCACGCUUUUUGUCAUCUUUAAUGACACGCAGGCUUAUCCUCAGUAUCUCAUUACAUGCCAGAAGGUCCAUGGGUGAAAGGUGCAUUUGGUAUUUUCCAAAUGGUUCUAGUAGGUGCUAAGGAAAAAAAUUCUUCCAGAUCAUCAUACAGGCCUUUCUACUGUCACACAUAAAGAGCAUCAUACAAACCUCCCUUCUGUCAUAAAAAGUUAGAUGUCAUUGAACAGUUAAGUCUACUAUUCAAGAAUUUUCAUUUAACUUGUAGAAACAAAUUUGAUCCAUUGCAAAAGUAAUGUGUUAAUUAGGCUACUCUGUGUGAUUUACCCAGUUUUACAACAAGGGCUGGUUUCACCGCCGUGGACUAAGUCUAGUGGUAAAUCUCCAUGGUACAUUCUUUUUAGUUUACAUUUAUCCAUAAUCUGGGUCUAGAAAUCUGGCCCCCAAGGUCUGCCUAAUGACAUUGAUAAUAUCAUUAUCAUUUAAGGUUUUCUCUAGAAUGCGUGAAAGUGUAUGAGAACCAUUGAGAAUUACUGAGCAAAAGUGCCUGACAAAUUGUUUUGGUUUGAUUUAUAAUUUUACACUCUGAUGGCUGUCAGUCAUUUAUAUCUGUGUAAAAUAAAAUAAAAAGACUUAUCCCGAGUAUACUUGAAUGUUGGCGUCUUGGUAACAGAGCAUAUACCAUCUUGGGUUGUUUGUUUGGGUUUGGGGAACGUCUAAUGUCUUUCUUAAACAUGACAGCGCUUGCUCACAUAAGUAUGUAUGAAUAAAAAUGUGUAUGAAUAUAAUGUGAUCUUUAAGAAUGGCUACCACUGUAAUCUAACCACAUCAAAUAUUAAACUAGAAAUACCCACGACCUA